AUGGAUGAUUUUAUCCUAAAUAUUUUGGAUACGAGUGAUCGUAAGGAAAAACAAUGCAAGAAUUCAUCAAGUCGUAAAAAAUGUAACUCGAUCACCUCAUCUUAUGGUUCUCCACAUACUGCAGCUAAGGAUAAACUUGUUAUUCAAGAGAAAAAAAAGGAGAAAAAUUCAUUGCAGUUUAGUAUACACAACAAAAUGACUGAGGCUCCCAUGCUACAAACAAUGAUGAGCCAGCCUGUGAAACCCAAAAUUGAACCGGUUUUUUCUUCGAAGCACUGGAAAGAUAUGUGUGAGUCGUUGGAUAUCUUCCCACAUUUGAUUACUUGCCUGACUAACCGUUUCAAAAUGGAUCAUCUAACCGCUAUUCAGGAAGCCGCACUUCCUCCUUUAGUUGAUGGAAGAGAUGUUUUAUUACGUGCCCAAACAGGAUCUGGAAAAACUCUAGCAUAUGCAGUCCCACUGUUCGAUCGGUUAAUUAACCUUGACCCUCCCAUUGAACGUAAAGAUGGACCUUUAGGGAUAAUAAUUCUUCCUUCAAGAGAAUUAGCAACACAAACAUUUGAUGUUUUCAAAAUUCUGUCGCAAGCUUGUGUACGUAUUGUUCCAGGAUUGUUGGUUGGAGGGAUGAAACGGAAAUCACAGAAAGCGAGUCUAAGAAAGGGUAUUAAUAUUCUAAUUGGUACACCAAAGCGCAUUCUUGAUCAUAUGGGACAUACGUCCACACUUGAUCUUCGGAGAAUACAAUGGCUAGUAAUAGAUGAAGCUGAUCGUUUGUUAGAAAUGGGAUUCGAACGAGAUGUUAGACAGAUUGUUGAAGGAUUAAUGCAGCAGUUCAAUUGUUUUUCAACGGAAAAUAAAUCCAUAUCAAAAAUUCAAACCGUUCUUUUAUCUGCAACAUUAUCUCCGGGAGUGGAAGCUCUUGCUGGUAUGACUUUGAAGAAUCCUGUGCGUUGCGUGGCUGCAGAAAGUGAAGCAAAAACUCCGAAUACCCAACUUUCUAUAACGAAAGCCUCUAAAGUAGAGUUAAAUACACAAGUAAAUAAUGUUGCUGAAUUUGCUCUUCCUACAGGGUUAAAACAUUUUGCACUAAUUGUUCCUUGGAAACUGAGGCUUGUCUCAUUGGCAGCUUUCUUAUUACUAAAAUGCAAAUAUCAUGAAAAUGGAGGGAAGCUGAUCGUUUUUAUGGCAACUCAGGAUUGUGUGGAUUUUCAUUAUCACCUAUUCAAAUCAGUAUUAUGCGAUGAAUCUGAGGAGCUUAUUUCUAAUAUACCUGUCAUGAAUCUGUCGAUUUACCGGCUUCAUGGAAGCAUGGAACAUAAAGAACGUGAAUCAGCUUUCAGUAGCUUUUCAUCUAGUCCAGCUGGUGUUCUAAUCACUACAGAUGUUGCAAGUCGAGGUUUGGAUUUAGCAUCAGUUGCUUGGGUUGUACAAUACCAUGUAACGGGAGGUCCUAUUGACUAUGUACAUCGUGUUGGACGCACUGCACGUGCUGGGGGUCAUGGUAAAGCAUUACUUUUCCUAGAACCUGAAGAAACUGAAUUUAUGAAUCUCUUAAAAUCGAAAGUUGGAAUUGAAAUGAAAGAAAUAAGUUUGCCUGAUCUACUUCAGACCGUUCUUUUUCAUUUACAGAAUACUAAACAUCCUGGGAAGCAAAGGCCAGAUGAUUGUACAACAGUUGAAGAGGGAACUAGUCAACUAUUUCAUUUGUUUCUUCAUGCCGUAGACAAUGAUGACACUUUGACAUCACUUUCAGAAUUGGCCUAUAUAUCAUUUCUACGUUCUUAUGCAAGUUUUUCGGGUGACUUACGGCCUAUAUUCACCUUCAAACGUCUUCACCUAGGGCAUGUUGCUAGAGCAUUCUGUCUGCAAAAGAAACCAUCUGAUGUUGCUUCUCGUGUAAGAGGUCGUUUUGUUAAGGCUGAUAAGCAGAAGAAUUCUAUAGGAAAGAAACGAGGGUUUGAUAACUCGAAUGGAGAUGACAUAGUACCCCGAAAACCAAAGUAUUCAUCUGCUUUAUCAUUCGAUAAACCCCAGAAGAAGCAAACUGUGAACCGCACAAAACCGUCUGAUUUGGCCAAACGUAAUAUGCUUGCAGAAUAUGGUUUAUAA